CGGGCGCUGCCCUGGCAGCCGCCGGGACGCGGCGGGAACGCUGAGGGGCGGCGGUGCCGCCAUGCUGGGAGCCGCGGGCCCCUUCCACCUUCCCCGCAGCCGGGCCCGGCCCGAGCGGGCGGCGCCCGAGGAGCGGCGGCGCAGGGUGGCCCCGCUGGCGACGGUAACCCCGGAGGGAGAGGAGGAGCCGCUCCUCGGGGGCAUCUUCGAGAUCGGCAAGAGGAGCUGCGACGUGGUGCUGAGCCCCCGACGGCUGCGCUGGAGCCCCAUCGUGCCCGAGAGCCCCACAGGUGAUUCCAAUAUGGCUUUACAGGUGAAAGAGGAGAUUAUCGAAAUGAAGGAUGUAUUUUCAGUAAAACUGAAACGUCGGCGUUUUGUGGGACAGAAGAAAGGUGGUACUUUGUUGGGUAUCACUAUUUUUAAGUGCUUGCAUAAAGAAGAAAAUAAACUAACAGACUGUGCUAUCCAUUUGAAUAACUUCAGUGAAGAUCAUUGUCAUUCAUGGUUUAGAUGUCUAAAGGAAAUUUUGAAUGGGUUUCAAAAUAGGCCAAAAUCCUUGAAAGUGUUUGUUAAUCCAAGCAGCCACAAAAGAGAAGCCACUCAUGUUUAUUAUGAACAAGUUUCACCGCUUUUUAAGCUUGCUGAUAUAAAAACUGAUGUCACAGUAACUGAAUAUGAAGGACAUGCUCUGUCAAUACUUAAAGAAUGUGAACUCCAGGCAUUUGAUGGGGUAGUUUGUGUUGGUGGAGAUGGAUUUGUCAGUGAAGUUGCUCAUGGUCUGCUACUUAAAGCCCAGAUAGAUGCUGGAAAAGGCACAGACUACAUACCGGCGCCUGUCAGAGCAUCAGUCCCUCUUGGAGUGAUACCAGCAGGUACUACUAAUAUUUUGGCCUACACUCUUUACGGGAUCAAACAUGCAGUGACUGCAACGCUGCACAUUAUAAUGGGUCAUAUCCAACCAGUAGAUGCCUGUACUUUCAGUACGCCAAGCAGGCUUUUGCGUUUUGGGUUCUCGGCUAUGUUUGGUUUUGGUGCAAGGACUCUAGCUUUGGCUGAAAAGCACCGUUGGAUGCCCUCCAAUCAGCGGAAGGAUUUUGCUUUUAUCAAAACACUGGCAGAUCUCAAGACAGAGAAAUGUGAAUUGUCAUUUCUACCUCUACAAAUUCCGCAGGAAGACUCUCAUGAGAAUGACAGAAAGAAGAAAGGGAAAAACAAAAAAAAAGGUAGCAAGGAUCAAUGGCACAAAAUUCAGGGUGACUUCCUGAACGUGAGCAUUAUGGCAAUCCCUUGUCUGUGUUCAAUGGCACCAAGAGGCUUGGCACCUAAUACGAGGCUAAAUAAUGGAAGCAUGGCUCUGAUUGUUGUACAGAAUACCUCCCGAACUGAGUUUAUAAAACACCUGAAAAGAUAUGCCAGUGUAAAAAAUCAGUUCAAUUUUCCCUUUGUUGAGACCUACACAGUUCAAGAAGUAAAAGUGCAACCGAGAAUCAAAAAUGGGCUUGAUGCCAAAGAAAAUACAGAUUUGAAUGCCACUGCUGAAGAAGAAAAUUACCCUUGGAAUAUAGAUGGGGACUUAAUAGAAGCAUCAGAAGUUCAUGUUCGGCUUCAUCCUCAACUUAUUAAUCUCUAUGGAGUGAACACUGAUGACCUGGAGAGUUCCAAAGCAACAUGCAAUUGCAUAUAGAAGGGACACACUGCAUGUUCUGUAUAAGUCCUUGUCUCAUCUCUAUGCUCUUCUAAGGUCCCGUUCUUGCACUCCUUGAAUUCAGUUGUAGUACAAAGGAUGUUUAUUAUAUUUCUGGUUUAAAAUUUGUAUCAAGUUAUAUAUUUUUAUCAAGUUAUAUUUGACUGUAAAAAACUUUGUUAAGCUUAACAAGAAAAAAUGAUUAUAUGGAUUUCUGCCGCGGAUUUUCCAGGGAUUUAAAGCCGAACGCUACACGGUGUGGGAAGCAUGACAAUCUCAAUAUGAGUACGCAAGCUUCAACUUUAAUGGAGUACUUCACAACAUAUAUAGAAACUGAGUUACACCUGGCAAACUGCCAUUGGUGGGGCUACCCCAGCCCCAUCCUCUGAUUGGUGAUUACAACUUGUUGAACAAACAAAGCCAAACAGCAACCACCCCCCUGUGCCCAACAGUUAACCUCCUGACACUUCUGUCCUUGGACUCCGCCCCACCCAAGGACCCCUCGGCCCUGCUGACUGUCCACCCAGAACUACUCCAUACACACACUCUGCAGUACUUCCUUGCUCGUACAGUCGUUCAAGUGAUCCGUGGCCACCCUAAUCCUGCAACAAUUCCCCCUUUUUCUUUUUGUACGAGCAAGGCUGACUGCGUAAGCCGUCUUACCCCACGCACCCGUUGUAACCCCUCUUUGAUUAAAGUAGUUAGCCAGGGGGACAGGCCCCCAACAGUCCCCGUAGCCAACUAUCAGAUGGAUUAAUGUUCUGAGGAUCAUGUAGAGUCCGGAGAUCCGUGUGGAGGAUGAGCUUUUGUGGUUGCACGCAGACCUCAGUGAUGCUCCAACCCAGGUAUUUCUAUGGAGCCUUCCACUGCACCUUCUCCAGGGCAAUAAAGGCAAACCGUUGCGUAUCAUCAGGAUGGAUGUUGUAUAGUAAAGAAACAGUCCUUAAGGUCCACUAUUAAAAGAUGCCAGUCCUGUGGUAUCAUUGCUGGAUUCGGAAGGCCUGGCUGUAAGGCCCCCAUCGCUUGCAUCUGAUUAUUUAUUGCUCGUAGGUCAUGAAGCAGCUGGUAGAUUUCUUUUAUAAAUUUUGGGUUUCAAAAUUAUCUUUCAGAAUAGAUGGAAAGUUUUUUGUUUUCUUUAAAAUUAUUCAAGCUUCUGCAGUAUAUUUUAUAUAAAGUAUUUUUGAGUUUGCUGUUAUUACCGUGUUGUCAGGUUACUCAGUUCAAACAGAACUAGUGAGUGGAGAUGCUCACACUGAGGCAUAGUGGCAAAGUGUAGAUCAGGUAUUUCCAUUUCUAGGUAUCACUUACAACGUUGCCUUAAUGUUUGUUUUCAAAUUGGUUUCUAGUCAAAACAGUAAUAAAAAGAGUAUGGCGACAUGUAAUACAGUUAUUCUUUGAUGAAAGGUAUUUUAAAGACUACUCAUUGUACAAAGUAAAAAAAAUAUAUAUUUAAUGUAUUGGAGAGCUGAAGGAAUAUUAAUUUUUGUUGUUGCUGAGAAUAAAGUUGUGAUAAACAACAUUUA